AUGUCCCGCCCUCUUCCCCGAGAGGCAAUGAACGAGCGGCCGAGGAAGCUUCGAAAGCAGAUGCACCAUGGCACCCUCUACUCCACGCCCCCGGUCCCCUCACGCCCCGAUGCCUUUGCCUCGCUUCCGCCUUGCUGGCCGCCUGUCGACUGGUCCCUCGCCGACUUCUAUCCUGGGCCCGCCAUCUACGGGGAGCACGCCUGGUCACAGACCCAUGGAGUUGGUCAGACAGACCACGCCUUUCCCAAACCUUUGCCCAGGGACGAACAGUCAGCACUUGCCUUCUUCCAGCCUGUUUCCCCCCUCGCCCAGGCACCGCUUCCCCCGGCUUGGAGCACCGUGUCCAGCGUCACCUUCUCCUCGCCUUCUGUCGUCUCCCAGCCUUCCUCUGCCGGUUCGGGCUGCUCGCCGACCCGGAGAGACUUUCCGUACGAGUGGCCAACAAGGAAGGCGUCGCCUUCCGCCACCUCGUCCGUGACACAGACUGCCACCGAGCCAUCGGGGAAUCGCGCCCAAAGUCGCUUCGUCUGCCUCGGUCCCCAAUGCGACGAGACCUUCGACCACGAGAAGGACUUCAAGUCUCACUGCAAGACGGUCCACACGCACACGUGCAACUGGGCAGGCUGUGACCAGCCAAGCUUCUCUACCAAGGACGGUCUUACCUGGCACGUCAAGUUUGAGCACCUUCUCAUCUGUCCGGCUCCCGGUUGUACCGAGACUUCGUUCCAGACCAAACAAAUCCUCGAGAGCCACAUCAGAUGUGCCCAUCCGGAGGCUAGCGGCGAAGGGAACGGCAAAGGAAAGGAGCCAGCGGCGACAUCCAAGCCUAAGGCUCAGGCCAUGGCCUCCUCGAACUCCUCCCAAGGAUCAAACGCCCUUGCGGCCCCAUCACAGGACUCCAACGAGGACAGGGCCAUCAAGCAGAUACUGUCCGUGGCUGUAUCCAAGAAGAAAUGCCGGGAGCAACUUAAGAACGUUGUCGAGAAGAAGUACAGGAGACAGAAUGCCGACAGCCCGAGUGACUUCUCCCGGGCUCAGCUGUGCCGGAUGGUGGAAAACGCUAGCUUCCCUCUCGUCUGGGAACAUGGCGUCCUGCCGUUUCUCGUCGAGUUCAUCCCGAAAUGGUGCGGCCCGAACCACGUCGUCAGCGUCACCCGCGGUAAGACGCCAGGAUCUCGACGAGUCUGCAUCAUGACCAAACAGAAACCAUCUCGGACUCGCCGCAUCAUCAUCGCAGCCCAUGUCAGAGACCUCCUCCCCGAGAACCAUCGAUCCACAAUCACCUUCGCCUUCGUCACCGGCGCCGUCGACCGCAUGGUCUGGGCCAGGGGGCUGAGCAAGGAGAUGCCAGACGAGGUCUGUAUGGCCAGGAACCCCUACUACUUCAAGAACCCGUGUAUGGGCGACAGCAUCGGCAUCCACGGCACCGACGACUUCAAGGAGAGCACCUCCACCUUGGGCCCCUGUUUGCUCGUCGGCGGCGGCAGCUACUGGCUGGCCAACUUCCACCCCUUCGUCGACGCUUAUCAGCACCGGGCAUCGGUCCGCGUCGAGCAUCCCUCCCCCAGCGAUCGCGCAAGUUGCAUCGACGAGCGCCACGACACGAUGCCCGACACGGAUUUUACCCUCGGCAGCUUGACCGCCACAUCUGGCAUCGACUUGAAGACGACUCGCAUCUCCCACGAUCCCUACUGGGAGGAGUUGGACAAGGAAGCCCCUUUGAUCGUGACCGACUGGAUCCUCAUUGCCUCCAAGACACGUCAAGCAAAUAUCCUCCGCCGAUUCCCCUCCGACACCAUGCCUCUGUUGAAAGAAGUACCCGUCAAGAUGAUGAGCGUGGUCACCCCGGGAGCGACGGUGGUCUCCACCGGACGCACGUCGGGUCAACGGCGCGGCCAGAUCUGCGAGAUCCCGGCCUACGUCAGCGCCGAAGAAAACGGCACCGGCAAGGCAACACGCGAGUGGUUCGUCGAAGAGCCGUACCCCUUCGAUGAUGAAGAGAGCUGGAUCCGCGGAGGCAUCGGCGUGGAGGGCGACAGCGGCGCCGCCAUUGUUGACGCCGACACCAAUGCUCUGGUCGGUCAGCUUUGGGGUCGCAACAAGUACUUCGGUGCCGGUCCUCGACUAACUUUCUUCACUCCGAUUGGCGACCUCUUUGACGACAUUCAGGAGAAAUGCGGCCAGCAGGCCCGGCCACAGCUCCCACAGUACAGGGACGAGUCGGAUUGCUACCCGGUCGAUCCCAGUUGCCGGCAAUGCUUCGACUUACGCACGUAUCUCGACAGCAGGCGCAACUCGCGCGAAUCAUUGCGUUCCAUGAUCGGGCGCAACGAAAGCGACCACGGCGAUCUGACCUCGAUAGAAGGGACGUCGGAGCUCGCAACACCAAAGGACCAUGCCUUUGGAUCUCGCUACUCUGGCGUCGAAGAGGUCGGGUCCUCCUUCACCAGCAUCAUGUCGCCAUCAGCCUUGCAUCCCUCUGCUUUCGCCAGCAUCUUGUCGCCGUCGGCCACUCAUCCUUUAGCCUUGACCCCGCAGCCUGGAACCCCCGGUAUCGUAGACAUCAAGAGCCCCUACGCUCUCACCCUUAGCACAGAAGACCUUUACGACGAGGAAGCGUACACCAACACGGCGGGCGCCGCCUCAGGCAAGCGGGCAGCCGCAGCACCACCCGUGCGGAGCUCCAUUCAGAAUGCCAAGAGGCAGAGAUUGCAUUAA